UUUCUUUAGUGAAUAUUGGUAUGCACUGUUUUGCUUUUACAGAAUUCUCUCUGCAGCUCCGCUCCUGGAUGUGACCCGUUGGCUCUAAAAAAAACAGGCUACACUUUGGACUUCAGAAGAAAGCCAACUUACAGAAAUGUUAAAGUGCAAUCUUUCUGUGGUGAUAGAUGAGGAGCCUCCCUCUAUCUCUAUAAGGAAUGUUGGUUCAUGCACUUUACUGUCCUUGGCUUUUAUCAUUGGGGCCCCAGGAAACAUAUCAGUAAUGUGGAGCAUAUGUAGAAAGCUGAAGAACAGAUCUGCCACUGUGCUGUUAAUCGGAAACCUGGCACUUGCAGACUUUCUCAUUCUACUACCUCUGCCUAUUUGGAUAUACACAUUUGCUGUCGAAAAUUGGGUUUUUGGACUUGUGUUUUGCAAGAUUUUGGUAUAUAUGAUAUAUUCUAGUUUGUAUGCCAGUGUAUUCCUCAUAACUCUUUUGAGUAUAGAGCGGUUUUUGGCUGUGUUUCGACCAUUUCAUCUGCAGAGAUGGUCCAAACACCGGGUUUUUAAGAAAAUUCCAAUUUUCAUUUGGAUAACAUCUGCACUUCUUGGUAUUCACUCUCUUCCGUUCUAUGAUCCAAAUCAAAGUCAACAACCCUUCAAGUGCAUUCUACAUGAAUAUGCCAAUGAUACUCAAAAGGUAAUCUUUAUACUUUUGGAGACCUUUGUUGGAUUUUUGGUCCCAUUCUGCAUUAUUGUCUUGUGCUAUAUCUGCUUAUGGAGAAAACUCAGAGAAAUGAAAUUUGUUGGCAAACGUAAAUCAGACAAAAUGAUCCUCAUUGUGGUGGGCACGUAUGUUAUAUGUUGGAUUCCAUACCACAUAUUCAACAUUGCGGAUAUCACCUCUGUUUUACUGGGCGACUGCAGUCUAAUGAGAACUUUGGACAUUGGUGGCACAGUUUCAGGAGCUUUGGUCUUUAUAAACAGCAGUUUGAAUCCUGUUUUUUAUUUUUAUUAUGCAUUUAGAAUAAAAAGCCCUAAAAAGAGCAUCAAGCUAAAGAUGCUUUUCGAGAACAUUGGAGGAAUGGAGACAGAACAGAAGCCAAGUGAAAAUACUGAAAAUACCGUAGAGAGAACGCAGAGCAGUGAUGUGGUUACCACUGACCUUCAUACGGCUUAAAAAAUGCUCUACCUGCAGUGAUACUAUCUCUCCUGGAGUUGACCCACAGUUUAAGUGUCACAAGUUUCUGCGCACAUCAUAUUUGCUCUGAAGAAUAGUGCUACAUGCAGCACACCAGAUUCCUCAGUGGAACCCAACAGACUUCAAUUGAUGCGAUCCAUUGGGCACUGGUGGUUUCCAAUGUGCUGCAGUUCCAAAAGAACAUUGUGGCUUCUGUUAUAUACAAAAGCCACAAUGUAGAUGUGAACAGAGUCUAAAAGUAUUACAAACAUAAAAUGCAGAACACAAAAAGUAGAAAAACUUAAGAGGUAUUCCUAUCUGUGAUAUUUAUGGCAUGCCAACAGGAUAUGCCAAAAAUUUUCAAAAAGUGCUGAUUCCACCUUUGGGAUCUGCUCUCAAAAACAGGUCCCUGUCUCACUGUCUCCAUGAAUGGACAGGUGGUGGCACGUGUGGAGCUCUCCAUUUACUUCUGUUGUAGUUUUGAAAAUAGCGACUCAGCAUACUUGCCAAUUUUCAGAACUUCGAUAGAAGAAAAUAGAGAAAGUGUAACGUGCAUCGACACUUCUCCAUUCAUGGUGGCCCGUUUUCCAGAUAGGAAUUUGGCCCAGAGGUGGGAGACACACCUAUUGGACAUGGCAUAAAUGUUCCUGAUACCCCUUUAAUCAAAUUUUUUUUAACAAAUUGUUUAGGUGAAAUAACAAAGAAUGACUAUUGUCAGCCAAGUCUGUCAUAAAUUAAACAUGUGAAAACUAUUCUACCAUGUUGGCUAAUAAAGUAUUACGUGUUAUAUACAGCA